AUGUCAAAGAUUUUUAUUUCUACAGUUAAUGUUGGUAAGGCACACGAUGCAGAUAUAUUUGGAGUUUCAGUGGUUAAUCCAUUUACUGUAACUUGUUCUGGUGAUGGUAGUAUCAAGCUAUGGAAGAACAAGUUGCUUGACGAUGAAUCUGCCAAGGACACUGUUAUUGAGGUUUUUGUCCACAAGACAGGUGUUCAUCAUUGUGAAACUUUGCAUACUGUGGAGAAAGGUGGUAAUGAAAUCUGUCUUAUAGCUUGUGUUUCCUUCUCUGGUGAGAUAUUUUUCUAUUCAGUUGAUGUCAAGAGUGGUAAGUAUGAGAAACUGGACCUCCUAAAUGCAGCUGAGAAGAAGAGGUCGUAUUGGGCUGUGAAAUGGUUCAAAAGUGAAGAUCAGGUUGUUUGUCAUAGAUUCGCUGCCACUGAUGUGAAAGGUAACACUUUAGUUUGGAGAUUCCAUCCUUUUACUGAAGAAUUGGAUGAAGAGAAAGCUAUGAAACAGAAAAAAACUGAUGAAGAGAAAAAUGCCAAAAGAAGAGGUGAAUCCAGUGGAGGUGAGAUUGAAAAAGUUCCAAAACAAGAAGAUGAUGAGCAAUUGGAAAAUUUAGUGCUAAGUCCACAUUUAGUACUUCAAGGUGAGAUUCAACCUUCUAAUCCUAUUUUUGCUACUUGUGUUGACUUCUCAGGUAAGGGACUGAUUGCAACAGGUUUUUCUAAUGGUUCCGUUCAAGUUGCUCAAUUGAGUACAUUAAGACCAAUAUAUAAUUUUGAAGGUUUUGGUAUUCAAGGUACAGAUCAGAACAGCAACACAGUACGAGCAUUAAAAUUCUCACCAAUGGGAUCUCUUUUGGCUGUUGCUAAUGAUUCUGGCUCCUAUGGUUGUGUCACAUUAUAUGAGACUGACUACGGUGAACGUAUUGGUGGCUUAACCGUUCCAACACACAGUACACAGACAAGCAUCGGGUCAUACGCUCAUAAUGGCUGGGUAUUCGAUCUAUCGUUCAAUUCCACAGGUGAGUAUCUGGCAACUUGUGGCUAUGAUAGUAAAGUCAGAGUUUGGGACGUCAAAUCGAAAGAACGUGUAUCCACCAUCAACUUAUCGGCGGGUGAUAUCGAAAUCGAAGAAGAUAUCUUAAUGGUGGAUGAGAACGGUGAUUCGUUAAAGAAUCCACCAGUGAUGGGUGUCAGAUACAUCAACAAGGCAGUCAGAGGUGGAAUGGGUAGUGAGACAAAUGAAGGAUUAUGUUGUGUCUGUUUGGACAGAAGUGUCAGAUGGUACAGAGAAGCCGGUGGUAGCUGA